CGUAUUUGUUAUUAACAAGAAGCUACUUUUAGGUCAAUCUUUAACAACGCUUUACUGUGUUAUUUCAGAGCCAACGUUGCACAUUGCAUAGAUUGGAUUAGAAUAAAGAAAUCUCUUUAAUAACUAGUGAAUGUGGACGGAAAAUAUUCUCUUUUUUUAUGGUCUUAUUUUUAUCUCAGGAAAUUGAAAUAGAAUUUUAUCUUCAUGGAAUUGUUCUUCUGCAAUUACAGGCACUAUCGGUUUUUUUCACAGAUAAAAAUGGCGUCAAGUCGGAACUACCGUAGAUAAAUUGGGGAAAAAACAAAGUUUUACUAUUAUGGUAAACAAAUCUGGUCAUAUGAAUAUUAUUGUAACGGAUUAGUCAAAGACAGGAAAACACUUCAAAAUGAUGGAGAGAUGCGCCACGCAUCAUGGCAACGUAAUAAAGAAGUAUUGCGCUGACCAUGACGUUGUUUGUUGUGAAACAUGUAACGUGGUGAGACACAGGACAUGUCCGCAUGUGGAUAAACUGCGUCAUGUUGGAAAAGGUAUCAAAACUAGUGCGGAGUAUAAAUCAUCAAAGGAAUCUCUUGAUGAAAUUAUAUCACGUAUGAGAUCAGAGAAAGAAGUCAGAAGUAAAAACCUCACUAGCAUUCAUCACCAGAAAGAGAAACUUAUGAAAGACGUUGACAAAUUUCAAGACGAAAUUAUUGACAGAAUUAAAGAUCUUGCGAAAACCUCAAAACAACAAAUACGCUCAAAACAUGAAGAGUACAAAAAAGCUAUUGAGACGGACGAAGCGGCCUUAGGCACUGUCAUAUCAUCAGCUACCAAAACCUUAGGGAAACUCUCAGCAUUCAACGAUUCGAGAGUAUUUGUCAAUGUUAAAGCUUGUGAAAAUGCUGUUAAAGAAGGCGAAUCACUUCUUGAAGAUAUGUCCAAAGAAUGGAUUAAGAAAGAAUUACGAUUUUCCUUUAACCAAGGUCUCAAGGAUAAAAUUGUCAGUCUUGGACACAUUGUCGGAAAAGUGUUUUAA